UUUUUCUCAAUAGUCGCCGAUUAAAUUACGUUGUAAACAUGGCUCUGCGUUGGGGAAUCGCCUCAGCUGGAAAAAUUUCCAAUGAUUUCGUGUGUGCUUUGCAGACAUUACCCGAUAAAAAUCAUGAAGUCGUUGCAGUGGCAGCGAGAUCUUUGGAAACGGCCAAGGUAUUUUCAGAAAAGUUAAACAUUCCUCAAGCUAUUGAGGGUUACGAAAGCUUGGCAAAAUGCGAGAACAUAGACAUUGUUUAUGUCGGUGUUAUAAAUACGGGUCAUUUUGAGGUGAGUAAAAUGAUGCUGCAACAUGGUAAACAUGUUCUUUGCGAGAAACCUCUGACUCUUAAUCGGAAGCAAAGCCAAGAACUGGUAGCAUUUGCUAAGGAGAAGAAGUUGUUUCUUAUGGAAGCAGUUUGGUCUCGCUGUUUCCCAAUUUAUAAAAAACUUAGGGAAACUCUGGACUCAGGAAUAAUCGGCGAUGUGAAAUACGUAAACGCAUGUUUCGGUUUCCCCAUUGCAGAAGUUCCAAGAUUGAACACGAAAGAACUUGGCGGUGGAACCAUUCUAGAUUUGGGCGUGUACACUUUGCAAUUCUGUCAGUUCGUAUUCAAAGGGUUAAAACCGACAAAGUUUCUGGGAUCCGGGUAUUUGAAUGUAAAUAAUGUCGAUGAAUCUGCAAACGCAAUUAUUCAAUAUCCUGGAAAGGCUACUGCAGUAAUUUCGACUACUUCUGUAGCUACUUUCUCUAACGAAGCAACCAUUAUAGGAACAAAGGGUGCAAUCAAAAUUCCAAUGUUUUGGUGCCCAACUAAGAUGGAAAUUAACGACGAGACUUUCGAGUUCGAGUUACCCAAAAGUCAAGCAGAGUUUAACUUCUUCCAUAGCACCGGUCUUUCUUACGAGGCCGAAGAAUGUAGGCGUUGCAUAAAAGACGGGCUGCUUGAAAGUCCUCACAUGUCUCAUGAAGAGAGUUUAGGGCUAUCCGAGUUGAUGGAUAUGUGGAGGAAAAAUGUUGGGGUAGUCUUUGAACAAGAUCUAUAAUUUUGUCAACGUUUUCAGAUCUUAUGGUAAAAAAUAAAGAAAAGGUUAUUAAAAAAA